AUGAAACGCAAAGCACCUUCAGAUCUCUCUUUAACACAAUCCACCCCACUCGAUUUUUGCGACCCUGCAAAGUCCGGCCAGAAAUCUCGUCCUGAGACGAAUGAGUAUGCGAAGACGAACAUAGCAAUGGAAGCACCAGGCCCAUUUGACGACGUCAUUGAAGAUGACUAUGACUCUUUUGAUGAGAUAUUUACACAACAUUUUGCAGACGAUGGUACCUGUCUACGCGAGGACGUCAGAAAUGUUGCCAACGAUCGGGAAGGUGCUCGUCCAUUUCAUCAGAAGGAACUGCCCUAUAGUCAAAGCUCCAACACUACCAAACGAUUCGUCAUCCCCCCCGUUUGUUAUUCCCAACCUCGACUCUUUCGCCCGUUCAAUGCAGAUCAUGCAGUCUUGCCGUGGGCUCAGAGAUUCCCUCCAAAAGAUAUAAGUGAACUGGCAGUUCAUAGCAGGAAGAUCUCCGAUGUGAAAACUUGGCUGAAUAAUGCAUUCCGUGGGACGGGUGAACGGUUACUUAUCCUCCGUGGUCCUUCAGGAAGUGGCAAGACAACCACGGUUUCCAUUCUGUCAGAGACUCUGGGGUUUGAGAUAAUUGAAUGGAGAAAUCCAGCGGCAUCUGACUCUGUCACCAACUUGCCGAAUUCCGUCGCCUUACAAUUUGGUGAUUUUCUGGAGAGGGCUAAUGAGCUCCCUGGCCUCGACCUUGACCUGCCGAGCAAUUUCUCCGAAGGUCAAAGGGGCGCCAUAGAGGGCUUUUCGCCGCGACGGCGUUUAAUACUGAUUGAGGAAUUCCCUUCACUAAUAACGCAAUCUUCUAAUCUAUCUCUGUUCAGGAUGGCUGUUCAGCGGUACCUAGUAACGGCAGGCUCUGCUCGAGAGAAGGACAUAGUGCCCUGCUCUCCAAUGGUCAUAAUUAUCUCAGAGACACUUCUCGACUCAUGCUCUUCUUUUUCAGAUAACAUCACAGCUCAUCGAUUGCUAGGCCCGGCGAUCUGCAAUCAUCCAGGAACAAGAAUUAUUGACUUCAAUAGUAUAGCUCCCACAUUCAUGUUCAGAGCCUUAAAUUUGAUCUUAGAGAAGGAAGGCCGCGUUUCUAAAUCUGAACGAGCACUAUCACCCGCUACAAUGCGCAGCCUAUCUCAGUACGGGGAUAUUCGAAGUGCGGCUGCCAGGCUUGAAUUCAUCUGCCUGAAGUCCAGUAAUUUUGCCGUGAUGAAGAAACCGUCUAAGGUCAGGAAAGCCUCCCGGAGAGCACCCACUCUUACUUCGGUGGAGGAACAGGCACUCGGGCUCAUAACCCAACGAGAGACCACUCUGGGGUUGUUCCAUGCUGUUGGGAAGGUUGUGUAUAACAAGCGUGACGAUCCAAGCUCUAAGAAAGAUGGUCAGCUUGUUAUGCCACCAAGCUACUUGCGUCAGUAUGGACGGCCGAGAAUAUCACAGGUGCAGGUCAACGAACUAUAUAAUGAGACCGGUACCGAUACACAAACUUUCAUCAGUACUUUGCAUGAGAACUAUGUUCCAUCUUGCGAUGGUGCCUCAUUCACAGAGUGCCUUGACGAUUGCAUUAGUGCGCUUUCGGAUAGCGACUUGUUGUAUCCUAUUUCCAAAAGGACAAAUAGGUUCUUCAUACAUGCAACUAGAAAUAGUGCUGCGGUUGAGACUUUGCGGCAGCAAGAAAUCAGCUACCAAGUUGCCGCUCGUGGGCUACUAUUCGCCCUUCCUUAUCCAGUGUCACGAAAGAGUCCAUUCAAUGAUGGUAUUGGGACUCCAAGACAUAGCCAACAACUUCUUUACCCGACUUCUUUGCGGUCACUGCAUAUUAUGGAGGAGGUUGAAGGCCUCGUAGCUUUGUGGUCAAGCAGGCUCUUGAGCUCGAUUAGUUACCCUGCCCCAGGCUCAAUAGGCGCUCGGAAUGUAAGCCAGACAGUGACAGCAACCAUGAUACCGCGCAGUGACCUUAUACUUCAUCAAUUGCCGUAUAUGGCAUGUUUAUUCAGAGGAGCCAGUGAAGGCCAGGAACUCGAGAAGAUUACGAAACUCACCAGGCUCCAGCCGCAAGCGUCCAACAAAGCACGUACCUUCUUCGGUGAAUUAGGGGCACCUGGUGCGAAUGUCGGACUAUUGGGAGAAAUACCGAAAACAAGGAUUCGAGGCUGGGAUAACACUUUAGAGUCUCAUCUACCGUCUGUGACUGAUGAGAGAGAGCUUACUCUGAGUGAUGAUGAAAUCAUAGACGAAGACUGAGAACUUGUUUCAAUGAUCUUGUCAUGCUUGGUAUCCUUGCCUUGAUUCAAGCGUUUGGGUCUCUUCCACAUGAUCUGGUGUAAAGUAAGCCCCGACUGCGAACAAUAAUCCUUCCGUGUAUCCUCUUAUCAAACUUUUGUUUACCCGAAACAGUUUCCCUUCGAAUAAAUAGAAUAGCAUUAGCUCUAAUAGUACGGGUCUAGGACAAAGCUUGGCUCGAGGUCACGUAUCAGUCACAGAAUC